GGGCCCCCCCCGGCGAGACCCCCCCCAGGCCCCGCCAGCGCUGACAGGCCGCCAUGGGGGACGCCGGGGGGGGGUUCGGGCUGUCGCUGCCGGAGCUGCGGGCGCUGAUGGAGCUGCGCGGGGCGGACGCGCUGCUGCGGCUGCAGCGGGACCUGGGGGGGGUCGCGGGGCUCUGCCGCCGCCUGCGCACCGACCCCACCGACGGGCUGCCCGAGGCCCCCCCGGAGCUGGAGCGCCGCCGCCGGGCGUUCGGCCGGAACUGGAUCCCCCCGCGGCGCCCCAAGAGCUUCGCGGCGCUGGUGUGGGAGGCGCUGCAGGACGUCACCCUGGUCAUCCUGGAG